AUUUUACGCAUUUUGUUACAGAUAAUAUGUCAAGGGAUUUAGCUUAAGCUGUGAAUUUCAAAAUGGUAAAACCUCGCGAAUCUCAGGAUCAAUUCCAAAUGUUUGGAUCUCUUCUCCGAACGCGGGAUUCCAGUAUCUAUACAGAGAUCCUGGAGUCAGGAGAGCAAACUUCUCUGAGAAUUCAUCGGAGCUGGCAACCUCAACCCGGAGGAGUUCCGUCCCUGUCUCCUCCUAUAUUUCUACUCCUGAGCUGGAAGUCCUCCUCUCAGCUGAGUUUAUCAACCCUGACGUACAACGAGGAAACCAUCUGCUCCAGGUUUCUACAAGGUUCAGCUCUGUGUACUGAAGCUGAGGUUCGAGAUGUAAUAUCUGUUCUCCAGGAGCCCUGUACACCAUGCUCCGGUCUAGGGGAUACAAUACAGAAUGCUAGUGUUAGUUGUAUUCUCAUUGAGAGGUUCGGAGAUCGUAUUUACUACAGGAGCAGGGACUGUACCAGGAUAAUUAAACCAUCCUUGUAUCCAGGUAAAUCCCCGGAUGAUAUCUGUACUUCAUGUUUACGGCUGGUCAGUCCAGAGCUUAGUAUGGAGAACAAGAUUAAUCAUAUUCCAGAAGAGGUGAACAUGUCCCCAGAUCUGAGCGUGUACCAGGGGGAGGAAGAGGAGAAGGAGGAAACCAAGAGUUCUGAGAAAAAUAGUAAAACUAAGGUUCUACAGGAGCAGCCUGAACAAUUUAUUUGGGAAGAAACUCCGGAAAAGAAACCGGAAGUGAGUUACGUUUGUCCGGAAGUGGAUUGUAAAAGAAGGUUUCGAAGGAAGAAAUCAUUGGAGAAACAUCUAACUGAAGCUCAUAAGGGAAACGGUCUAAUAAGUUGUCCAGUUCCAAGCUGUAAACGAACCUUUAAAGAGGUUGGUAGAAAACUAGCUGUUCACAUCAACAAGAUACAUCCAGACAAGGAGCUGAUAGGGACAACCAAGCUCUCAGCUCCGGAACUUAGGUACGCCAGGGGUCCGGCUCUAGGAUUUAAGCACUUUUCCGUCCUUUCAAUUUGUUAUUAAAGAAAUAAUGUUAAUUCAAUUCUAUUCAAUUUAAUUCA